UGGUUUUUCAAUUUUACACACUUUUGAAGCAAACCGGUUUGCUUUUCCUGCAAAUAAAGCUCACCGGUUUAAUUUCUACGUUCAAGAACAAUGGAAUUAGUUGCGCAACCGAUAAUCGAGCAGAAAUAAUCGGAUUACGUUUUGCUCCCCGCUGUUAAAGGUCCUCCGCGGAGAAGGAAGACACCAUUUUUGAAAACAAAAGAUGUGAUCUUGUGAUUUGCGUCGCAAUUUACGGUUUUUUAUGGAACCGGAGUCCUUUUAGAACGCAAAAUGAGUUCGAAGGAUAAGGACAAAACCCUACAGGACAAGCUGAAGCAAUUUUUCCGGCUCAACAAGGGAAACGCAGCUGGCACCGUUGUCGAGCGGUCGGACUUCUCAUUGACCUCAGAAAUUGAAAUUGCUAUCGGACCUCAAUCGACAAACGUCAAUGACAGGGUUAAGACACUGAGAGACAUCAGCAACGUCGUACUGCAGAAAAAUUUAGAAGAGCAUGCCAUUGAAAAGCUGUGGUCCUUGGUUCAAGACCUGCUGCGGGAAGAUGUGCCCAAGGAGCAGAGAUACAACGUUUUCCAGUUUUUGUGUAACCUUGCACAAGGCCAGUCUGAAAAACUGGGAAUCCUUAGGGCCCAGUUCUUCCGAUUGGUUGUGCAGCAUUCUCUGCCCGAAGACGUUGGAGCUCGGCUUGACCUUCUGCGGGCUUUGACUGAUAACGGCAAGGACAUUCAGUACAUCGAGGUAGAGGUAGCACCCUUCCUGCUCUCUUGGAUGUCGGAAGUAACACACGCCAACAAAACCAACGACCUGCUUUCCUUGCUUGUCAACGUGGUAAAAUACAAUGCUGCUUUUGUCGAGGAUGAUGUCAUCAGUGGACUCAUACAAAGCACCUGCUUUUUGUGCACCUGCAGCCAGCACGAAGAAGUUGUUCACUCCAGCCUAGCUCUUCUUGAUGUGAUUGUUUGCUACGCUCAAAUGCCUCCAGAAAUGUUGCGGACUUUUGUCUGCACUCUCUGCAACUGUGUGAACAACAAGAUGUAUUGCCUAAGUUGUUGGAAGAUCAUGAAGAAAAUUCUGGGAACCCAUCUGGGCCACAGCACAUUGUUUCAAAUGGUUUCCAUUUUGAAAGACCCCAAAUUUGCCAACGCACCCCAGCUUCUUCGGGGAGCAGUUUUCCAUACCAGCAUGGGCAUGUGGGGAAACCAGAAAGUUCCCUCACUCAACACUACAGUUUGCACUGUUCUCCCUGCCUUUAUGGAGGCUAUUAAACAUGGACAUGCCAUAGUCACUUACGAAGUUCUUCUCUGCUUGAGAAAGUUAAUCGUCCACAGUCCUAGUGACUUGAGCGAUCCAGCUUGGCACAUUGUUCUUGGAAUCCUAGAGAUUGCUAUGAUAUUGAUUCAAAAAAUGAACCCACCUAAUGUUAAUGUUGCAACUGUUGCUCAUGACUUGCUCACUGAUAUUGAAGCUCUGCAUGAAAGAGGUGAUUUUCGAGGUGACGUCGGAAGAUUUUUCAACAUCAUUGCUUCCUGCGCAUCAACACGGCCAGAAAUCUCAAUCCUGCAUUUAAUUACAUACUUGGCUGCCGACUUCACACCUACAAAGCACAAAUGGCUGACUAAGUUGAGUGAUUUUGUCGAAAGGUACUUCUGGCAAGAAACCAGGUCCAAUAUUAGGGUCAAGGUGCUGGACGUUAUUUCGUCAGUGGUUCACGCCAAUAGAGCAUUGUAUGAGGAGGAAUUGCUGGAACGAGUAUUGACACAAUUGGAUCCUAACGUGGCCAAAGAUCCAGACCUAGUUGUAAGAAAUGCAUCUGUCCAGCUGCUGGUCGAGUUAUGUUUGGAGUGUGAGAACAAGAGGUGCUUAGAACUUUUGGAACUGAUUGAUAAGUUUUUGCAACGACCAUUUGAUUUGUAUGAUGCCAAUUCUUUCAUCAUUACAAAUGAAGCGGAUAUGAUUGACGUCAAAAGUGCUGCCCUGGGCAUGAUAAAGAUUUUUCAAAGUAAAGCGUACCAGUUGCCUUCGUCUCACGCAAUUCGAGCUUACAAGUCCUUGGUCAACCACUUAGAGUGCCACUACAAGAGGCCUGCUGUGUUCGACAAUUGCAGCACAAUUAGAUUUUUGAUUUUCAAGUGCUUCUUGCAAAUCCGAGCCGAUUCGUUGUACCACUUAGGAAUGCCUGACCCAAUGAUUCUUGAUUUUGAAACACCGUGUAGUGCAAAAAAAGUGACAAGAUUUAGCCCUUAUUUGGCUGUGGAUCACAGGGAUGGUGAAAAGCCUAGCGCAGCAGUAGUGUCUGCUGGGACGACAUCAGCUUUUCCAACACCUACAGUCACUUACUUGUCUCUCACACAUGCCUGUGGUGCAGUAAUUAUUUGUUUAAAAAAAGAGAAAGACUGGAGAGUAUUGACUCUCGUGUUGUCAGAGUUGCCACAAGUGAUGCAGAACAAAUCGCUUAUUCUCUCAAAACAUGGUAAUGAUGUAGAGUAUUUGGCCAGUGCUCUAUACAGCAUGGUCAGUGAGAUUAGUUUGGGCCUACCAGACAAACUGAAGAACCUUCCUCAGAAAAUGUCGAGAUCUGAUUUGCAGUCGAUGGUUUUACUUUCAUUGGCCUCACUUGUUUCAUACCCUCUUGACUCUUCAAUGCAGCAGAAAAUUGUGAAAUGCCUACAACUGGGAUUGACAACAACUACCAAGUGUGCCAUUGAUUGCAUGUCGGCACUCACUCUUUGUACACUGGACAUGCAAGAAACAAUGUACAAACUCUUGCCUGAGGUACUCCUGAAGCUUUCAAAAAUUUCGACUACAGUCUUCAUGGCAAUACCAAUGCUGGAAUUUCUAUCAACACUGACUCGCUUGCCAAAGGUAUUUGGGUCAUUUGUAUAUGACCAGUAUUUGUCAGUUUUUGCCAUCGCCUUGCCAUACACAAAUCCCUUCAAGUACAGCCACUUUGUUGUUUCAUUGGCACAUCAUGUAAUUGCUGUCUGGUUCUUCAAAAGCAGAAUGCCGUUCAGAAGCAAACUUGUUGGCUACAUCAUUAAGGGUUUGAAAAAUAAUUUGACCGGAGAGACAAUGAUACGGACGGAACUUGUAAAUGAAGAUUCUUCAAGUAGGAGGAGAAGUUCAAGUCUGACAGAACAGGGCAGCCGACACCACAAAGAAAAUCUGCGACAGCGGAUGGAAAUGAAACCAGUCAUUGACGAAACUAUGAUGCUUUUCCACACCGAGCUGACUGAAACGUGUAUCGAUAUGAUGUCGAGAUAUACCUUCUCUCGAUGUUCUGCUCUGCCAAAGAGACCACCCACCACUCAGUGGCUCCUGAACGAGGGUCCGUCUAUGACCUGGUUGCUUGGUCACAAGUUGAUCACUGUCACAACAAGUAACUGCAGCUUAAAGGCCAUCAAGAGUGGAUUGUGUGACAAAUGCCUCCAAUCUUGCAGACUAGACAAAUCUGGUGCCAACACAAACUCGGCCCCGAGUGCUCCCCAAACGCAGCCUUCAACUGCAGCAACUAGUCCAAUAACGGAGAAAGCACCAAGCCCUCCUGUGGAGAAUGAUUUGACCCCAUCGCGUCGCCGUCACAAAUCUGCAAUCCAAGGCAGUGUUGCCCGCGACAGUGGAGCCUUGUUUGCUCCUAGGACCAAAGACGACCUGCAUAUGAACUCAAGAGCUCUAGAUUCUGAGAACUCUAAAAGUGAAGGGUUUUUCGUUAAAUCAGGUGCCCAAGUCGAGAAGUCUGUUGAUUCUGAUAGAGGAAUGUGCACAUGCUGGUGCCAAGGCUGGGCCGAAAUUAACGUUAGGAGCGCUACAGGCAAUGCGUCUUGGACAAUGAGACUCCAAAACUUGCCCUACGUUGAUGCCUCCUCGCCAUCAACAGAUUUUCCGUUGACUGAUGUUUCUACUCUUUUCUUCCCUGAACUUGAAUGCAAAGAGGAAGGCAAAUCAAGGAUAAAUUCACCAGAGAUCACAAGCGAGCAGCCUAUUUUCAACAAUAGCAUUCCAACUUCCCCAGUCGGUCAGCCACCACUGAUGGAAGGCGCACUUGAAAAGAAAACUCAACAAGUACAGCCAGUUUUACCUAGUCCAAGCCAGGAAAUAGCACCCAGCAGACCAACUUCUGAAGCAGUUCCAGUACCAGGUGCUGGCGGUGAGCCUGAAGACUCUGACGAUGCGGUCGAUGAGGAGGAUGGAGCGGAGGGGGAGAGUAGACAAAGGAACCGUGUGAAGAGGUCAAACUCAAGCCCUGAAAUGAGCAGCAGACUGCGGAGUCCUCUUUCGCUGCAACCACCUGCUCUUCAUGCCACAAACAGUCAGAGUGGAGGAGAUCUUGACCAAAGUGCGCCCCUCAGCCCGACCGAAGAGAAAAAAAAUCCAAAAGUACCACCUGCGAGGGUGAGCUGUGAAGCAAUUCCUGAGGAAAUGGGAGGGACAACACCUCCUACUGCACAAACUAUUGUGCCUUUGCUGAAAACCCAGCCUCCCGUUCAGACGAUAGAGCCAAAACCUGUUGAACCUUUACAACCACAGCCUCCAGCAGUAGUACCUUCAACACCCCAGCCUCCAGUAAAAGCUACUCUUGCACCCAUGAAAUCAGCACCCAUGGUGCCCGAGAAGAGGACUGAAAAGAGUCCUCCUCAAGAGACGAGGCCUGACCCAAGCACGCUGCCUCCGCUGUCCUUCCGUGACAGAGGUCACACUAUAUCAGUCAUGAGCCCUGUAAAGAGACCAGAUUUGAGUCUUUUAAGGAGAAAUGCCGCUGGGGGUUCAACGCCCAGAGGUUCCGAACCAUCAAUGAACAGUGCAGGAAUGAAGCCAAGCUUUGUAUUCUUGCAACUUUAUCAAGAGGGUCGACUAGCUGGAAAAGGCGAAAAGCCAAUGUUGGUGCCCAAAGACAUUGCGACCAUGUCCAUCAGAACUUUUGACUACAUCCCACCUUACGAGACUCACAAAUUGGGAGUUCUUUAUGUUGGGGAAAACCAGGCAAACAAUGAGACUGAAAUUCUUCGAAAUACGUCUGGAUCAGUUCGAUAUACAGAAUUCUUGUCUGGUCUUGGUACUUUGAUAAAACUAAAAGAAGUUGACCCCCAAACAAUUUUCCUUGGAGGAUUGGAUGUGAAUGGCAAUGACGGAAAGUUUGCCUAUAUCUGGCAUGAUGCCAUGACUCAGGUUGUUUUUCACGUUGCAACGUUGAUGCCGACAAAGGAGACUGAUCCGAGCUGCAACAACAAAAAGCUUCACAUUGGUAAUGAUUAUGUGACUAUCGUUUUCAACGAAAGUGGCCAAGAGUACAACAUGCAUUGUAUCCAGUGUCAGUUCAACUUUGCUUGUGUUGUUGUUACUCCAAUGGGCCACGGCACAAAUCAAGUGACUGUCAAGAUUAAGGAUGACCUCACAGAACACUUGGGUGCAUCACAAGUGACCAGAAUCAUUUCUGACCAGAGCUUGCCCACCUUGGUUAGGCAGCUUGCUCUUCACGCCAAUUUGGCUUCGCUUAUUGUUCGUCACAUGAGCAAAAAUGUUCUGUACGCUUCAAACUGGCUGGAGCGGCUGAGGAACAUUAAGAGGAUCAGGAGCAGAGUUUUAACGAAAAUUGAAGAGAGGAAGAAGGCAGCUGACACUCAAUCAGGAUUGCAGAGUAAGGACCCUGACGAUUUCACCGACUAUGCCGUUUACUCAGAAAUGCCAGAUACGAAGAACUAAUGAGGAAAUAAUAUAAAAUUAACUGGAGGAAGCUAGGCCUGUGAAUUAUGAGUUUAUGGUGGCUACACAAUGAAUUUUUGCUGUUCUUUGUACGGACUCGGCACGCGCUAUAAUGUUGCUUUUUAAAGAAUAUAAAUAAUAAACGGAUAAUGAAAAGUAA